ACCCCGUCCAUUUGGGAGUAAUGUAGUGAACACAUUACUUAGAAGAAAUUGUUGUAUGACAAACUUUUUGCUUAUCAAAAUAAAUUAUGUACAUACUAUGUAUAUACAUAUGUAUACACAUAUAUAUUUAAACUGCAUUCGGCACGAGUUGACGGAAUUAAAAAUGGGAAAAACAUACAUACAAUGUAUUUCAUGCUCCAGAACUGGACAAUUUUAAAGCAUAUCAGGGCGUGCGGAGCGCACUCACAUGGCGUCACGAUCGAGUGUUGCUUUUAUGUAUUUUCCUACAGGAGGUAAUAAAAUAGACUGAGAGCCCAGGUCGUAUGGUUCUGGGUAUAAAUAUCAGUCGAAACAGCAGAAACAGUCACAGUUACAUUCAGACACGGUUCACAUUCAGCCGCCUGACAAGCCAGCAAGAUGAAAUUCUUCGUUGCCAUCUGUGUUUUAAUCAGCCUGACCUCGGCCGAGUAUGCAGUCAAGAACCGCGACAAUUUGCUUGCCUAUCGCGAGGAGUGCGUCAAAGAGCUCAGCGUGCCCGCUGAUCUUGUCGAGAAGUACAAGCAGUGGGACUAUCCCAACGACGAGAAGACCCAAUGCUACCUUAAAUGUGUAUUUAUCAAAUUCGAGCUGUUCGACACUCAGACCGGUUUCAAUGUGGAGAACAUUCACGCCCAGUUGGCUCGUGGUGAUGUCGCCUCUCAUGACGAUGAACUUCAUCGUAAGAUUGCAGGCUGUGUUGACAACAACGAGCAAGGCUCGAACGCCUGUGAGUGGGCCUAUCGCGGAGCAUCCUGCUUGCUUAAGACUCAUUUGCAACUCGUGCAACAGAGUCUGGUGCCCAAGGCUUAAUUUGGUGGGAAGGACUCACAGCCUUAUAAUGUAGAGCAAGGGCGACAAAGCAAGUGCACUUAAUAAAAUUGAUAUUUAGAGAUAA